GCGUUUCUGUUCAAAAGAAGCCCUGAAUGGGUUUAUAUGCAGCUAAAGCUGCAGUUAGGGGGAAAUAUCCGCGAGAAUUGCAAUGUUGGAUCUGGGAAGUCUCGAAAAAUUACGCCCAUGCGGCAGACUGGAAACAUUUAGUACAGCACGACACCACCUGGGCUUUUACAAAAAUGUAGGCUUCACUGCAGAAUACAAAACCCAAAGCAUUUCGGAAACUCCACUCGAAAACCAGGUCUACAUUGCGCUGCACCAUGUCAUUGCUCAGCACCCGGCUUUAAGCGCCAUUGCUCUCAACGAAGACCAAUCCUAUCCCGAUGUAUACUUCGCACGGUUACCCGAAAUCGACCUACGCAAUUGUAUAGAAUUUUACGAUCGCAAGAGCCCAUUCCCUGGAGAUGGAGAGGCCGACAGCGAGCUUGACGAACUGCUGACACAACAGCACAGCCGCGACUUCAAGGAAAACCUGGGAAGCAGACCUUUUUGGCGUUUGCUCGUGACAACAUUGUCAUCCAAUACAUCUAGAUUUACUGCGACAUGGAUAUGGCAUCACGCAUUAGCAGACGGCACAUCAGCACUUCUAUUCCAUGAGACUUUUCUUGCAGGUAUGAACGCUGUUCAAACGGCAGACAACGUUGAUCCGGUUGUCAAAGCGCCUCAUCAAGCACUACUACCGCCAUUUGAGGAACUACAUCCCAUGCCGAUAUCGUGGUAUUUCUUCAUCAAGACCAUCCUGAACACUCUACUGGCCCCAGUUUACGCCAUCACCUCUGAAAAAUUGUGGACCGGCAGCCCGGUCCCAGAAGAUAUCGCAGUACUUCCGAAGCCACGAUUUCUCACGGUGGUACUAUCUAACGAAAUAACAACUAAGCUGGUUCAAGUGUGCCGGGAAGAGAAAACUAGUGUAACGGCGACGUUGCAAUGUCUCUUAGCUGCCUCACUCUUCGCUAGCCUCCCAGCUGAAGAAUGCAAGAGAUUAAGAGUUGAUGGCCCGAUAUCAGCGAGAAGGUUUCUUAACAUCGAAAAGGAACAAAUGACAUCUGCAAUCACACAAUACGAAUUCUUCCACGAUCGACCCACUUCGACCGACAAUUCCGCAACUGAUAUCCUGCAAAACUUCUCCUGGGAAACAUCUAGAGCGGUGAAAUCCACCAUUGCUGCUGAAUUAGCAAAAUCUGGAACUGAUAACCCGGUUGCGCUUCUCAAAUACGUUUCUUCUAUGCCGCAGUUUCUCCUUGGCAUGCUGGGCAAGCCGCGCAAACCUACUGCGGAGUUGUCCAAUGUGGGGGUUUGGCCAAACGGAAAGGAUGAGGAAAAUGUGUGGAGAGUUGGUAGGAUGGUUUUCAGUCAGUCUCCGAAUGUGGUGGCGAGCGCGUUUGCACUUAGUGUUGUGACUGGUGCCGACGGGAAUGCAACGCUAAACUUAUCUUGGCCAGAGGGUGCUGUAGAAGAUGAGCUUAUGCGGGAAGUUGCUCAUUGUGUGAGGGAUGGUAUUGGGAGGUUGGUCAAGAGGGAUGGUUGAGUCUGAUUGUGAUGGCUUGCGUUAUUUGCUCUUGGUUGAUAUUCACGGUCCGAUCCAAGUGGAAGUUGCGGUGAGACAAUGUACCAUGUGCGGACUGGAUAGGUGAUCUGAUUUUGCGAGCCUGUCCAGUUUUAACUGUUGAGAAAAUUUUCAGAUUGCUCACUUUGAUAGGUAUAGGAUACAGAAAUAUUCCAAGUAGUUAUUGUCUUCGAAACCGUCAUGUAGAUAGUAUUUUCGCAACGAUCAUCAACGCUGCCACCUUCGCCUGAAAUUCUUGAGCCUAAUCGCAAGUUGUCUACGCACAAAAACAGGUAUAGAUACAUUCGGUCUUCGCAACCUUUUGGAUUUGAUCCGUCC